AAGCCGUGGCAAAGCUCCAGAUUGGUGGAUGCCUUGCGGUUUACCCCAGGUCCGCCACGAAGUGGAUACGUACCUGCGCACUUUGGCGGAAUCGAUAUCGUCAACCAUCGGGGCCUUGUCGCAAUUGGCUCCUCUCACACGUAUCUCCACCCGAACUUUCAGUGAUUUAAUGAUCUCCAUCGCCAUGAAACUUGGCUUGGAAGGGUCCAACUGCUGA